AUAGUCUCUCUCUCUCUCUCUUCUUUUGAGUACCAAAAGGGAAACUGCCACUCUCUCGGCAACUCUCUCUCUCUCUCUCACUCUUCAUUUGAGAACCAAAAGGGAAACUGCCACUCUCUCGGCAACUCUCUCUCUCUCUCACUCUUCAUUUGAGAACCAAAAGGGAAACUGCCACUCUCUCGGCAACAGACACAUGUCUGAAAUUGAACCCACCAUCAGUACGAAUUUGGUCUCCAGUUCAAGCUCCUGUUUCAUUGACGAGCAAAGAUGGGUGAUUCAGAUUCGGAAAACCCUAGACGAACAAGUACUGGAAGAAGAGGUCGAUAUCCCAGUCUGCAUCUUCAAUGUCCCCAAGAAGCUCUUGGCCACGGACCCUUAUUCCUAUAUCCCUCAACACGUCGCCUUAGGCCCUUACCAUUACUGGAGGCCCGACCUCUACGAGAAGCAGCGCCAUAAACUCGCCGCCGCCAAACGAACCCAGAAACAGCUUCCUCAGGAUUUCAAAUUCCAGCAUUUUGUAGACGAGGUGGCCAAGCUCGAAAACCAAAUCCGAGGUUGCUACCACAAGUACUUGGAUUUUAACGGCGAGACCUUGGCCUGGAUGAUGGCCGUCGACGCCGCCUUCUUGCUGGAAUUCAUUCAAGCUCCUGUAGGAAGAAAGUCGGCACACGGUGCCAUUCUCCGGGAUUUGGUGAUGCUCGAGAAUCAAAUUCCCAUGGUUUUGCUCACAAAGUUGUUGGAGUUUUUGCAGUUUUCGCCGGCGCCGGAAUCGGCCGAAAAGAUGCUUUUUUCCAAGUUGAUGGGAUUUUAUAAAGAGAUUUCGCCGUUUAAGACGGUGGAAAAAUUCCCAAAUUCCAAACUGGGGCAAUGCCCCCACUUACUGGACUUUUUGUACCACGCUAUGGUGCCCAAAUUACACGAGCCGCCAUCUGAGAUCUGUAUUGAAGUUGAUGAUCAACAAAGUGAAGCCAAAGAGAGCAAAGAAGAAGAAGGCAGCCAAUCUUUCGGGAAUUCAAAUCAGGUUAAACAACUGCUUGAUGAACUCUGGAAAAUGAUCCAGGAAUCAAGUCAAGGCCCACUAUAUGGUAUCAAAAGACUACUUCUUUCCGAGCCGGUUCAGGUUAUAUUGAAACUUCCAUGGACGAUAAUCUCAAAUCUUCCCGGAUUCAGGCUCUUGAAACCGCCAUUGGAGUACUUAUUCUUCUCCCAGGCCACCCAACAAACCAGCCAAGAAACCCAGACCUCAAUCUCCGAUGCCAACGUCAACAAGUCACCGUUGGUGGAGGAGAUCGCCAUCCCUUCCGUCACAGAGCUGUCCAGCGCCGGCGUCAGGUUCUCCCCCACGAACGGCUCCGUCAUGUCCAUCGCCUUCAACGCCGCCUCGGCCACGCUCUACCUCCCCGCCGUCCGGCUGGAGGCCAACACGGAGGCCACUCUCCGAAACCUAGUGGCCAACGAAGCAUGCAACGAAUCGGGGCCGUUGAUUUUGAGCCGAUACACCGAACUAAUGAACGGGAUCAUCGACACGGCCGACGAUGCCAGAUUACUCAGAGAAAGGGGGAUCAUUCUAAACCAUUUGAAGAGCGACGAAGAGGCUGCCGAUCUCUGGAACGGUAUGUGCAAAUCUGUGAGGUUGACGAGAGUGCCGUUUCUGGACAAAGUGAUCGAAGAUGUGAACAAGUAUUACAAAGGCAGGUGGAAAGUGAAGCUUCGCGGCUUCCUGAAGCUGUAUGUGUUUAAGUCAUGGAAGUUUCUGACGCUGCUGGGGGCGGUGUUGCUGCUGCUAUUGAUGAGCUUACAGGCGUUUUGCUCGGUGUAUAGCUGUGCUCGAAUAUUUCAUAUCAAAAGCAUUUGAUGACGUGGUUGUAAUCUCUUGAUUUAAUCCGUUCGGAAAACACAUAUACUUGUUUUGUUUAAUUAAUUACUUGAAUUAAUU